GCGAAAGGCGGGUCCGAGGGGAGGGGGAGGUGGACGAAGCCGCCGAAGAGGAGAGCGCGCCACGUGGCAGGCGGGUGCUGAACGAAGGGCAGGCGCCCAACGGAGAGGCGGCCGAGGAGUCGGAUGACGAAGCUGCUGACGUCACUGGCGAGGGCGAGGAGGGAUCCCCCGACGAAGAGAAGGCUGAAAAGUUGGGGGACGCGUCGAAUGAGGUGGAUGGAGAACUAGAGAUGAAGGAAAAUGAGUCGGAGGACGAGGACAAAGAACUAGAGGCAGAGGAAGAAGGAGCAGAGAUAUUAGAUACGGAAGCGGCGGUUAGAUGGGCGAAUGCAAACGAAGAGAAGAGAGGUGCUGGGGACGCGGAUGGGGACGGGGUUGGAAGCGGUGAAGAGACGAGUGCGUUGGAUGAGUUGCUGGACGAUGCGCUUGCAAUGGGCCGAACGGACAGCCGAAAGACUAGGGGGAGCGAGGAACCAACUUCGGAAGCUAGGGGCGGAGAAGCGAAGGGGGCGCCCAAGACGGGGAAGCGGUACUUGUCGAAAGCAGAGAGGCGGAAGAUGAAGAAAGGUCAGGCAAGGGAGCGGAAACGGAACAGGCAGCUUCGGACGUGA